CCUGAGGUGCAUCAUGUCUCGCUAAAAAUCAUUUGCAUAAACAUUUGUUUUCGGGGCCGGCUUUUGUUAUGAUGCAUUGAAUUAAGUCAACCAACACGAGACUUUAUGCGUCAUUACACAAGUAAUCGUACAAAUAUGUCCAGAGGUAACGAUAUCCUAGCAAGCGAACGCUUUCUACGACUCAACAAGCACUAUAAGACUAGUGAUGCCGAGUUAACUAACUAACCUAUAUCAUGUUAUAUUUCGGCUGUUGCUUAAUGUUCCUGAUGAUGGUCUUGACUUCUCGAGCAGCAAUAUCAGAUGAUCUGGACAUCCCGUUUCGCGGCCAAAGCGUGAGUUUCGUCUACCUUCAAAAUGCCCUGAACACUAGCGUAUACUGGAAACCAUCCAACGAGGAAUGUUCAGCUGAACUUUUGGCAUCGGAAUACCUGUGUAAUGGGAAAUGCGGUGGUUUGAGGACAAACAUUAAAGGGCAUUGCUACUGCGAUGAGAAGUGCUUGGAGCUCGGUGACUGUUGCCUUGACUACCGUGAUAGAUGCACGGAUAAUUACCAAUGGGACUUCGUUAUCAACGAUCCCAAGCAAUCCUGCGUCGACAUCAAUGACGACUUGAAUAAAGAACCAUACAUCUUCGUUAGUGGUUGCCCUAACAAUUACGUCAACACUGGUAUGGUCGCCAAAUGUAACGAGACGGCGAGCAAUUCAGACCUGGUCAGCGGAAUACCUGUAUUCGAUAUGCGAUCUAAUGUCUCAUAUAGGAACGUGUACUGCGCAUCGUGUAAUGCUGCUACGAAUUUAAGUUAUUGGCAACUAUCAAUCAGAUGUGAUGACUCCUCUGGCAUAUCUGCCAAUACUACCACAGCUGAAUUGAUGGAAUACGCACGUCGCUCAUGCGCAUUGGCGUACAAGCCGCGCACGGAAUUCUGGGAUCGGCUGUUGUCAUGUAAGAUAAAGGACUCGGGUUGCCCACCAGUGAAUGGACAAAGCCUCACGACUCCCUUUGAAAUAACACGUGCUAUCUGUGAACUGUACUCUCUUCCGUAUGGACCCGACGAUCGAAGGAACCCGCAUUGCGCUUUGUGUAGGAAAGAAGAGACUUUAUCAUGCCCAGUACCAGCCCGUCCUCCUCCCCCUAUUCCUCCGCCGCAUCCCCCCGCCCUGACGAUCCUGUUCGACGUGAACACGGGAGACAGCUACAAGAUAUCCAUCUCCGGGGACGUGCAGAAGGAAACGACGGGUAGCUACAGCUGUAACAGCUCACAAGUGUUUGACCCGUUCACACUGCAAUGCGUCAACCUGCCUCAACCGAUAAAACAACACCAAGACAAACACAACCAAACCCUGCUAUCUUUGCUGGGUGAGAACUGCACUGUCGCUAUGUUGAACACCUCCUAUGUAACAUUCAACUCUAAUGGAAGUAUAGUCGUUACCUACAAAGACUUGGAGCGUACUUAUGAAAAUGGAAGCUACAUCGUGAUCAAUGACACGGUCUACCUGUGCUGGCGUGACACAUCAGUCACACAACAGUCGCAGACUGGAGAGAAGUCCCUCUCCACCCUUCAGAUCCUUACUUACGUAUUCACAGGGCUGUCUCUUCUGGCAGAAGUCGCUCUUCUUUUGUUGUACCUCUGGCUGAAAGAGCUGAGAAACGUCCCAGGCAAGAUUCUGAUGAGUCUUGUCUUCUGCCUCCUCGUCAAUCAAGUCUUUUUCCUCAUGCUUGGUCUCAACCAAAUCAGCGGUUUCUGUGUGGCCGUAGCUGUCAUCGUACAUUACUUUCUAUUGGCUGCCUUCGCGUGGAUGAGUGUCAUGGCUUAUGAUGUCAUGAAGACGUUUGCUUCUAAAGCGGUUUUACAAGCAAGCAACUCUCGCAAGACAUUCAUCAAGUAUUGCUGCGCAGCGUUCACUUUCCCCGCCAUCGUCGUCUUCCUGUCAAUCGUCUUGGACAAGACAGACGCCGUGCACUUUGGAUAUGGCACAGGGGUGUACUGCUGGAUCACGGAGCUUGUUCCUCUCAUCGUCACAUUCCACGUGCCUAUUGCCAUGGUGAUAGUCUUCAACGCAUGCGCACUUGUCAGUACCAUGGUGGGCAUACGGCGCACGGAGAAGUCUUCUAAUAUGGCGCGGCCAAACAGCCAAGCCUCGACAACAAGCCGCCACGCCUUCCUGUGCCUUAAGCUAUCGACUGUCAUGGGGUUUCCAUGGUUACUGGGCCUCAUCUCUACCUUUGUGACCUCGCCAUAUCUGCAGUACCCCUACGUCAUACUCAACAGUUUACAAGGAUUCUUUAUUUUUCUUGCCUUCUCUACGAACAAGAGAACAGUAAGUUUAUUCAGAGGAAAAUUCGGGAGAGAAAAAUCAUCAGAAAAAUCGAUUUCCCGCCCGACGCAACAAACAGAAGUCUAAGAGAGAAGCUCUUCGUUAUAAUACUCGACAGAAGCAAUAGAUCUGUUGCGGACUAGUGUGGUGUAUUUACUUGGGAAUGUCUGCACUGAAGAACCCCGUCAUGAUCACCUCACUAUGUUUUGGUUAAUCAGAAUUCGCGUUAAAAGUCAGAUUACAGUGUAUGCAGUUCUUGCAAAGAACAACACAAAGUUAAAUAUAGUUAUUUCGUUCUUGUUCCAAAAAGUUUUUAACUUAAUGAAAAACAAAACAGAUUUCAGGAUUUAGAACCUUUAAUUUAGUCAAAUGGAGUAACCUACAAAGAUGGAAACGAGUCAAUACGAAUCUAAUUUUAUUGCCUUAUAAAUGAAUGCAAUUGAUCGAGCUACAAAGUUGAACUUUUAACGACCAUUGCAUGAACUAACAAAUUAUACUGUGAUACUGUAUUUCAUACCUAUUCUACUUACAUUAUGUAUAUCAUGAUUAUAAAAAUCCACAUUUUUAUCACAGUAGCACUCAACACCCGAAGUGGGUAAAAUCUCGUGAAAGAAUUACCUGGUAACUAAUAUGCGUUUCCAACGCAUAUUAAUUCAUUGUUUUCAAAUACUUUUAUAUAAAAACGUUUAGUAAAAUAAAGUAAAAAAAAAUAUCGAAUCAUUCAAUCACUAAAGAUCACUAAAAACGAAAUAUUUUCUCAAGAGAAUAUGAUUAAAUCGUACACUUCUGAUUGUCUAGGCCCCGUCCACACGUAUCCAGAAAUUUGUGAAAACACGAAAUCUUUUUUACGAAUCGGGCUCUCGUCCACACGUAUCCAGCAUAAUUUCCGUCCGUAUCCGGAAAUUUUUGAAAACGCUCUCCAGAGUGGAAUUUUUUUUAUCCGAUACGAACACGUAUACAUGUGGACGGUCGUAUCCGGAAAAAUAAGAGCCAGAUUCAUAAAAAAGAAAUUUGCGUUUUCACAAAUUUCCGGAUACGUGUGUACGGCUAAAAACGAUUCGAAUACGCUGCGUGUGGACGCGGAAACUUUCGCAUCGGCAAAAAAAUAUUUGCGGGAAAAAAAUUCCGGAUUCGCAAUGCGCAACCUUAUCGUACUAUGUAAUGAUAACAUCUAAACACGGUCCCACUAGUCUACUGGUGUACCAAUAUUGGCAUUGUAUCAUCCAGUGGGACGCAAAAUGCUAUAUGUAUUAUUAUUAUCUAAGAAUGAGAUUUUCCUAACGAUUAUAAAAGCUCUUAUUCAACACAA